AUGGCUUCUACUCCCCCAGAACUUCCGACACGGUUUCCCUGCUGGUGUAGAGCGGUGUACUCUUGGGGAGGAGAAACAGACAAGGACCUUGGAUUCAUUGAGGGUGAUUUGAUCGAAUGUCUCAAUGCUGGAGAUGGAUCGUGGUGGGUUGGGAGACUGCGGCGAGAUCGGCGGAUGAUGGGAUCCUUUCCUUCUAACUUUGUAAUUGUCCUCGAUGAGAGCUUUCAACCUGCCAGCAGAGCUUCCAGUCCGAUGCCUGAAUCAAGUCCGCAAAAGAGCGCUGCCGCCAACCAAAAUCGAGCAGCCAGUCCUCAGCCACCGAAACAGAAGCCCUCCGCAUGCCGAAAGCCCUUUCAGGGUUACAAAAAAGCUACCUCACCAGGAAUUCAGGCACAAAAUAAUUCUGUGCCAUCCCUAACACAAGAGCAGGAGGAACGCUAUGAUCCUCGGAAUCCGCCUUCAACCGUACUCUGGGCGCAGGGGUCACAUUCUCGAGGUCCAUCUCGAUCGCCGUCACCAAUGCCACUGGCAGACUUGAGCUCUUCACCACCCCCUCCACCACCACCUCAUCGAGUGGCUAUUGCCAGCCAUCGAGGUCGGGCUCCAUCUCCGCUUCCUCAGCACACCUACCGUAAACCACAGGACUUUGCGCGGACGCCGUCUCCAGAUAUCGCAUCGUUGAAUGGUCAUACCCCGCCCAUGGUUAGAGACGCGAUGGAUGAUGUGAUGUCUUCACUCGAUGAUAUGGGUAUGACAAGGCAGGCGCCACAACCACAAGCACCUUUCAAUCCUUGGUCUCCAGAAGCUUUCCAUGAUCUUCACCAACCCCGGUCGGCGAGACCGAAUGCAAGACCAGUAACCUCGCUUGGGCUUGGACCUGCUGGAAGUGACUUCUCGGAACGGUACCAAAACAGCAGCCGCCAUAACUCACCCGAAAGAGACGGAGAGGGGCCACCUCAGCUAAGCAAUUAUGUGCAAAGGAUGGAGAGUCGGCUGAGGCAGAUGCAGGACGAAAAAAUGGGUAGCAGCACAGAAGAAUUUCAAUACCAGGAAAGUAGCCAACCACCCGCCGUUCCCGCAAAAGACUUGCCCUGGAGCUCACAUUCAGUCUCAUCUAAGGGUCAUCAGCGACCAUCAAUGAAGAACAGAAAAUCCGCCUACGAACUUGAUCGAACGUAUACUACCAAGUCCAGCACUACUAAUUCAUCAAGUGGAGUGCGGAGCAAUGCCACCAAUACCUCGAGCACCACAUCCAUGACAAGCCAGAGUGUGUUCUCAGCGGGGGGUAUCAGCGCAACAAGCGCAGGUAGCUUAGCAAGGCGAAACAAAUUGGGCAGUCUCAACAGACGACCUGUGACUUCUAAUGGCACUCGAGGCCAUGAGCUGAGACCACAAACGCCGUUGACAGGCAUAUCGUAUCAUUCGAGCCAUAACUCGAGACACGGUGCGAAAUCAGCGGUGGGAUGGGAAAAUCCAAGCACAUUCGGCACAUUCGGCGGUGGCGCUGGUGGCCUGGGCGGUCUUACCACACCGAAGGUCAAGAAGACUGGAUUUUUCAAGAAGCUGAUUGAUGGCUCCAAGACGGUUGCGGCGAGUGCAAGAAGCAGCAUUGCUGUAAGCCAAGCCGCAUCUGGCCCUCCAUCACCGCCGAAGAGGAGGUUGAACAACGGCAUCACGGGCAUUGCUGGGGGAAUUGCAGCCACCAACCACGCUCAAGAUGCGGCCAAAGAGAUGGGUCUCGGAGGAGGCAACAUUGGCUGGGUCAACGUUCGUCGAGACGUGAACCGAUCGAACACUCCUGGACCAAUGGAAUUGCAAGAACGUGCUGACCGGUGCCAAAUGUACGACCAUCCCGUCAUCUAUCCUAUUGACGAGCUCUAUGAGACGGCCGAAGGGGACGAGGGUGCCGAUGGCCAUCCAGUGAUGGACGCAUUCCAGAUGAGUAACCCAAUGUUCACCGGUGUCGACAAAGCCGCCAGAUUCAUCACAUCCCUCCCGCCCAUGAUCACCCCAGCUUCCCUUGCACAAGGCUACGUCUGCCGCCCGCAUCGAAGCGACGUCCAACGCCUCCGCGCAAUCUUCACCUGGGCCAGCGAAAGAAUAGCGUGGGACGAGGACUUUGACGGCGAGAUUGACGCACGGCGAGUCAUCCAGAGCAAACGCGGCUGCAGCCACGAAGUUGCAGUUCUGGUAUAUGAAAUGUGCAGCGCGAUUGGCAUCCACGCCGAAGUGAUCCGCGGCUACCUCAAAACACCGGGAGAAGAUCUCGACCUGGAUGCCUCGACCCACCGACCGAACCACUACUGGAACUGCGUGAUCGUCGACAACGAAUGGCGCAUGCUAGACUGCUCCCUCGCCUCACCCACCAACCCCAAACGCAGUCUCUACUCCUCUGUCUCCCCCUCCAUCGCCGAACCAUUCUACUUCCUCACCCUCCCCUCCCAGCUCUGCUACACACACGUCCCAACCAACCCAAUGCACCAACACAUCGUCCCCCCCAUCCCGCCCGACACCCUCCUCUCCCUCCCCUGCGCUCUACCCGCUUACUUCCGCCAAUCCCUGCACCUAAACGGCUACAACACCUCGCUCAUCCGGCUGGAAAACCUCGAACUCGCAACCCUUACCCUCACCGUACCGCCCGACAUCGAAGUCGUAGCCGAAAUCGAAACCAAAUCCUACCUCCACGAUUCGGACGGCGACCUCUACGAAAACGGCGACGCCACCGUGCGCAAACGCGCCCUAGCCCAGGCGUCGUGGUAUUCUUCCUCCGCUCCCGCAAACUCGUCAGCCGCGGCCUUAUUGAGCAAACGCUACACGAUCAAAGCCGUGCUCCCGCCCUCGGAACCGCAGGGGAUGCUCAAGAUCCACGCCGGAAAACGAGGUCUCAUGCACAGCAGCAAGGACAUUCCGCACCCGUUGGCCCUAGCGGUCCCGAUCUAUCACACGGGAGAUAAUCCUCAGUAUGAGUUUUUGGUCCGACAUCCGACGCCGCAUGCGAUGAGGCAGGAUCUGUAUGUGCAGCAGCCGCAGUGCCGGGUGCUGGGCUGGGGCGAGACUUUUGUAUUUGCGGUGAGGCAGCAUGGUGCGAGCGUUGUUUCUGCAGCUACUGGCGACGAGGCCGGCGGUCUAGGGCUGGCGAGGCCGCCGAGUCCGAAUCCCUUGAUGAGGCCCGGCAGCGCGAUGAGCAUGCUGAGCGCCUCUGUGGCCGGGGGUUCGGAGCAGGGGAGUUCGAUCGUCAACGCCGGUGCCGCUGGGGGAGUCAGGGUCAAGGAUAAGCCGGCCAAACUCGCGGUGCAGAGUCCCGGCGGGAAGAUCCUGAGGUUGAGCCGCAAGCCGGAUCUCACGUCCCGAGGUGGUGUUGGAGGUGCGGAAGAGGUCCAGGGCAGUGUGUGGGAGACGGUGGUCAAGGUCCAGGAGAAGGGCGUUUGGAGGGGUCUCGUGCUGGCGGACCGGAGCGCCAGGUGGUGUGUUUGGGGGGAGUGGGAGUGCGUGUGA